UGCUAAAUUAGAGGAAAUACGCGGGCUCGUUUAAAUCAGCUUUUACACUUGAUUGGCUAUCUCGAUCUCUUUCGACCAAUCGUAUUUCAUUAUUUCGUUUGUUUCACUCCGCUGGACAAGGUUCUGUUCUUUGACUUGGAUUUUUGAUGACAUAUUUGGAAAAUAUACCAAAUAUAUAAGUUUUUAUAGCUUUAUGGAUUUAAAUGGUGCUGCAAAAAGCCACGAAACCUUGGAAAUGGCUUGUCUAAAGGAAGGCUUUUUAUAAACGCAGAAUGCAAAAUGAGUUUGUUACCGUUAAACGACCGAAAUCUCGCUAGGAACGAAGAUGAAAGUAUUGAUCAAAUUGAUGACUGCAAGAACGAAGAUGUUUCCGAUAUUUUCGAGUGCUUGACACUGGAUUUCAGCCCGUAUGAAACGGUACAUAGGUGGAAACGAAUGCCAGCUUGUGAUGAGUUUGUAGGAGCGAGACGCAGCAAACAUACAAUGGUUGCUUACAAUAAUGCUCUGUAUGUUUUUGGUGGCGAUGACGGGAAACGAAUGCUGAAUGAUUUGUUACGUUUCGAUGCGAAGGACUGCUCAUGGGGAAGAGUGGUUACCACAGGCAACCCUCCAGCACCAAGAUACAACCAUUCUGCUGUUGUUUAUGGCACCAGCAUGUUUGUUUUUGGUGGUUUUACUGGUGAUAUAAACUCGAACUCGAAUCUUCUCAACAGAAAUGAUCUUUAUAAGUUCAAGUUUACAAAUGGCCAUUGGUGCCAUUGGCCAGUCGAAGGAAGGGUGCCUCCAGCGCGCUCAGCCCAUGGUGCGGCUGUUCACGAUCACAAGUUGUGGGUGUUUGCGGGCUAUGAUGGCAGUAAAAGGCUCAAUGACAUGUGGGUGUUGGAUUUAACAAGUCUUGAUACUGCCUUAUGGCAAGAAGUUCGUCAGAUUGGCGAGGGUCCACCGACAUGUUGCAACUUUCCCGUAACCAUCGCACGGGACACCAUGUUUGUUUUUUCCGGGCAAAGCGGGGCGAAGAUCACGAACGAUCUCUUUCAGUUUCACUUUGACACAAGGCAGUGGCGACGCAUAUCCAAUGCUCACAUUUUACGUGGAUCUCCACCCUCACCACAACGUCGGUAUGGUCAUACUAUGGUUGCACACGAGUCCUAUCUCUACGUGUUUGGAGGAACUGCUGAUAAUAUCCUUCCAAAUGAUCUGUACUGUUACGAUCUUGACGACCAGACGUGGCAUGUUGUUGAAGUCUCAGAGGACAGCCAGGUUCCGCAUGGCAGAUUAUUCCAUGCUGCUGACGUCAUUGAUGACGCAAUGUACGUGUUUGGUGGAACUCUAGACAACAACAUUCGAAAUGGAGAAAUGUAUAGAUUUCAAUUUUCUAGCUACCCAAGGUGCACUUUGCGAGAUGAUUUUGGAAGGCUGCUUGAUAGCAAACAAUUUUGUGAUCUCACGUUUGUUGUAGGAAAGGACGAGAAUGAAAUCGACGCUCACACGACUGUUGUUGCGUGCCGUUCAAGAUGGCUUAAGAACAAGAUUGAACAAGUGAAAAAGAUUGAGGCUAAUUCAUCUAUUGCUGUGGAAGAGAAACUCAAGAUAACUAUUGAUGAUGUCCAACCAGAAGCUUUCUCGAUCGCGUUGAGAUUCAUGUACACGGACUCCAUAUACGCUCUUGUCAAAGACGUCCCUGAACUUGAAGUUAUUCGUAUCAUUAUGGAUGUUUAUUGUGUCGCCUUAAAGCUUGAGCUGGGCAGACUUGAGCAAAUCUGUGUCCAAUAUAUUGAAACUUCUGUAAACCAAAGUAAUGUUUUGAUGGCAUUAGAUUGUGCAUCGCGUUUAGAACUGGCCGCAUUGAAGGAUUAUUGUCUUCGCUUUAUCGUACGUGGUUCAAACUUCAAGACGAUCAUAAUGACCCAACAGUUUGAAACGCUACCGACCCCCCUGAUGGUUGAAAUUGUGCGACGUCUCCAUUUUCCUGUCGCAACAGUACCUGAACCUCAUCAACUUACAGUCCAUUCAGUGUCUUCUCUGGAAGAUGAUUUGAAGUCAUUUUGGCAUGAAUCAAGUGACGGUAAUCUGUGUGAUAUUACAAUGAUGGUCGGCGAUACCCACAUCAGAGCUCACAAGGCAAUUCUUACAGCACGAUGUAGUUACUUUGAAGCUAUGUUUAGAUCCUUCAUGCCUGAUGCUGGGCUCGUCAGGAUCACAAUUGGUGAUACGAUUCCAUCUCUUCAAUCCUUCCACUCUCUGCUCAGAUACAUCUAUUAUGGUGACGUGAAAAUGCCUCCUGAAGAUUCUCUAUAUCUUUUGUCCGCGCCAUAUUUCUUCGGUUUUACCAACAACAGGCUCCAGGCAAUUUGUAAAAGCAACUUAGAAAUGAAUGUAUCUUUCAAAAAUGUCGUGGAGGUUUUAGAAGCAGCGGACAAGAUUGGUGCGACAGAAAUGAAAAAACAUGCCCUCACAUUGAUUGCACAAGACUUUCCUAAAGUAACAGAAUCGCGCAGCAUCUCGAAUCUAAGCCGUGAUUUACUGCUAGAUAUAUUGUACACACUGGCAGAGCAGAAGAAAACUUAAAGGAAUUUAUACCUGAGGCACGAUUAAAAUCCCAGGAGACAUUUAGUCGACCCAUCCCACAGAUUAAAACGGCGAAGUUCAGGUUCAUGUUCAUUCAGUAGUCGACCUAUUUCGUUCUGCUUGCUAACAACCUCCCCCCCUGUACGUACGAAGGUUGCUUGAAAUUAUUGUUGAUAAAACAAUAGUCAUUGAUAUCGGGCAGAUACUGAUCUGGGGCUAUCACUAAAGAGACUAAAAGUGAAACACAAACAAAUCUUUAUAAACACAAGCAACUUAUCAAACUAACCAAUAGCAUUUGGAAAAUUAGACUAACUCUUGAAUCAAUCGUGUAAACGAAUUGUAAUUCAACCCAUAGUUAGCAUCAGUUGAUCUGAUGUCCAAUCUGUUGUAAAAAAUACUUUUAAUUUUACAAACGUAACAAAUUUAUCUCGACAAUUUUGAUUUAAAUCGAAAUUAAGUUAACCACCGUUCUAUAAUGUAGUUUUUUACCACGAAAAAACUUUCUCUCCCGCUUGUUUCGCUCUUUUAGGUGCAGCAUUUCUUAUCAAGUUUGUCAUAUUUUUAUUUUUUCACUUCGACAAAAACAACUCGCCCCCAUUUUGAAAAAUCUGCUUAUGUGAUUAUCGUGUAAUGAUCGACCAAUCAGAGGCCAGUAUUUUCAAUAAUCACCUUUGUCAUUACAUUAUUGUAUAUUUAUUAUUCAGCAAGUCUAUAAUGUGCUGUAGGAAGGCCUAUACUACGUGCUUUUUUUGAACGAGUAGGCCGGGCUUUUUAUAAGUCAGGAUCGAUUCAUAUAUUAUAUAUAGUAUAUAAGAAAUUGCAAGAGGCCAAAUUAAUAUCUAAACCUAUCAGACUAACUUUAAUGCAAUACCAGUUGACAGAGUUGUCACGAUAUUUCUUCUUCAGAAUAGGAAAAAAUUCAUUCUCAUAGGAAAUGAUUUAAUUUGUGCCACCCGUAACCCCUGCAUGUGCAUACAACGUACGUAUCUCAUAUUUAUAUUGUCAAAUUUUCAUGCAAUUUUUAAUGGUCUCGCUCACCUAUAGCUUUAAGCUCUUAGCAUCUCUCAGUUUGUAGAAACUAUUCUACUGGAAUAAGACAGGUUUCGACGACGAACUUUUCAUGUACCGAACCCUAUUGAGCUAAAUUCUAUUUUUCAGUUCAUUAACUUCUGAUCAGUCGAAAAGUUCGACGUCUGAGACGGACCUAACACUAUUUUCAAGCCUGGCGCACACGACGCGAUUUUUGUCGUACGAUUUUAAUCGGUCGACUAAACCUUGCGUGUGCGAUGUCAUUUUAAGCGCCGUUUACACUACAAUCAAUUUAAUGACACGGCACGGCUAAAAUGGGUACCCGUGCUCAAUUCAUCCAUGCCUGGCCUUUGUUUUGGUAUCCUGAACACUAAUAAAAUUGGACACGUGUACUCAUUUUGGCCGUGCCAUGCCAAAAAAUUAAGUGUAGUGUAUAAACGGG